UUCUCUCAGACAAGUGAUCGGCCACAAUCUCGAUCACAAUUGAUUUGAUCGAUGGGGUUUGGCUUGAAAGCUUUCUGUUCACUAGCGGUGUGCGUUCUCGCCGUGUGGGAAAUCACGGCGGCGGACUCUGCCCAUCCGGCGGACUCUGCCCAUCCGGCGGAUUGCGACAGCCUCGUACUCAACAUGGUAGAUUGUCUGUCGUUCGUCUCCAACGGCAGCACGACGGCGAAGCCGGAGGGGACCUGCUGCUCCGGGCUCAAAACGGUGCUGAGAACCGAUCCGAAGUGCCUCUGUGAAGGGUUUAAGAACAGCGCGGAUUUCGGAGUUUCUCUGAACGUCACCAAGGCGGAAUCGCUCCCUGCCGCUUGCGACGUUCCGGCUCCGCCUGUUAGCAACUGCGACUUGAACGGCGCCGGGAAUCCAUCAACAUCUCCGGCUGCUCCAUUAUCUCCGAGAAGAGCUCCUCCUUCAAUGGGAAGUCCAGCAGGAACUUCGCCGGUGCCGAUAGCUAAUUCGCCAACUCAAGAAAAUUCGGUUUCGUCCAUUCGGGCACCGGCCUUUGCUGCUGCCAUGGCAGCUGCAUUUUUGGUGUUGUUAUUUUGACUUGGGAACGAACUAGUAGUGUUCCUUUGUUGUCCAACUCAUCUUAUGCAUACUACUAGCUAGCAGUAAGUAUGCAAGCGUAGGAAGCAUGUAUUGGUUGGUUUUGAGAAAGAAAGUGAGAGGUUUGUUUUUUUGAGAGCAUACCGUGCAGUGGAUGCAUUAUAUUCAUAUUUGAUGAAAAAUUAAUAAUAAUAAUAAUAAUAAUAAUUGAAUUGAAGGUA